ACCGUCCAAUAGGCACUCGGGGCGGUGGGGAUCCGGCUGGAACCGGUUGGGCCGUGUCCGGCUCUAUAUAAAACUUUAUAAACACCCGAUUCAAAUUAGUGGGGUCGCGAGCGACACGAGCGAACCCGACAAACGGACCCCCCUUCCUCUUCCUGUCCGUCCGCCCUUCUCUCCUCUCCGCGCCGCUUUCCCGCACAAGCAGCCGCCUCGCUUCCACCUCCAGAGACCUUGCUUUUUCCACCUCAGCCUUCUCUUGUCUUCCCUCUCUUGUCACGCGCUGCCGACAUGCCCAAGAGAAAGGCUGAAGGAGAUACCAAGGGUGACAAGGCUAAAGUAAAGGAUGAGCCACAGCGGAGAUCAGCAAGGUUAUCUGCUAAACCAGCUCCUCCAAAACCAGAACCCAAACCUAAAAAGGCAGCUCCAAAGAAGGGUGAGAAGGUACCCAAGGGGAAGAAGGGGAAAGCUGAUGCAAACAAGGAUGGAAACAACCCUGCAGAAAAUGGAGAUGCCAAAACAGAUCAGGCACAGAAAGCUGAAGGUGCUGGGGAUGCCAAGUGAAUUGUGUGAAUUUUUGAUAACUGUGUACUUCUGGUGACUGUACAGUUUGAAAUACUAUUUUUUAUCAAGUUUUAUAACAAUGCAGAAUUUUGUUUUACCUUUUUUUUAAGAGCUAUGGUGUUAGCACACAGAAUGCUUCAUUGUUGUGUUUGGGGGAGGGGGACAAACGUCAUUGACUGUUGCUUAAAUCCUGAACUUUUAAAAGUCUCCCUUGAAUUGUGCAAGAGGGGGUCUUCAUGGACACACACAAAAAGGAGGAUUCUCUGAUAUUGUUGUCUGUACUGGUUUCUGAAAUGUUUCCGCAAACAUUGAAAUGCCCCCAAAACAUGUGUCUUUAGAUGAAGGCAAAUUAUAAAACGGUACCUCUUGUCAUUUGCGUUGGGUUUCUUACUCCUGUGAAUGGCAUUAGGAUCUUUUGAUACCUGUUUUCAUAAACCAAAUCAUUCUUACAAUGUUGGGCAAUCUAGACUUUGGGUGUCUGAGAGAGGAAGGAUGGCUUGUAGAAGAGCCACAUUUCCUUUUAAAGUGUCACUCUUCAAAUGAAGAAUUCUGCAAUUUUGUUUCCCUCUAAAAGUCAGGGUAGGCUUGUGAGAAGUUGUUAAACAACAUACUAAAUGUGAAAGUGUCCACCCUCACUCUAAACUUUCCCUGUUCCAAGUAUGAAUUGAAGAGUCUUCAUUGGGUUUUAUAGAGUAACUUUACAUUUUGGUAGUCCAAGACGGGGAGUUGGAACUUGUUGUAAAACAUUGCAGAUUGUAGCCCAUGUCCUGCCUGAAUACCAUUGAUUAAUCGUUUUAUGAAAAGUACCUUUAAUAAAGCUGGAUAUUGUUUGGCUUG